AUGGAAAAGAUCACCCAAGAUCUUUCUGCUAUACUCGAGACGAAUUGGCAAGGGGAGAACUUUAUAUCCUUCAAAAGGUUGGAAGAUGCUCUCAGCAGCUCUUCAAUCAAGAAAGUCUUGGCUGAAGCAGAUCUUCAACCAUAUCAUCAGAAUGACGCCUUCCAGGCUGUGCAACAAGGGGGGCGAAGGGUCUUUGCGACUCUCUGCACCAUUCACAAGCCACAUCUAAUUCUUGACUUCAUCGCUCAAGACGGUUUUCUCAAGGGUUCUCUGGACUCCAAAAUGCCUCUAGAAGAGGAAGUAUUACGAAUUAUCAUUCCCAAAGACUAUAGAGUUUUCUUUGAUGCCCAGUGGCCUUUCUGCUCACCAUUGUUUCAACAUAACUUGUCACACCGGAGGCUCCACGCCCGUACGAUUCUUCCUUUUCUUGAAAUGACUUCAAAAGGCCAAGGUGGUUUUGGUAAUGUUUACCAUGUCUCACUUCCUCACUUCCACCAAGACCUCGCCCCGUUGGCAACUAGCCGUGUUAAUGUGGCCAUCAAGGAGUUUCGAUCCUCCCCAAGCCAAAACGAUGACGCUUUUCACGAGCAGCAUAUGCUGUCGCUGCUUCGUCAUUUGCAGCAUCCGAACAUAAUCAAGUUUUAUGCAGCUUUCUCGCUCAAAUCUGUGCCUCAAUUAAUCCUUGAAGUUGCAGACUGCGAUCUCACUCAUCUUUUGUCCCAUCCUAGACCGAAUAGUUUCGAGGAAUCGAUAAUAUUCACCGAGUUGUACGGCCUUAGCUCGGCCAUCCAUGAAUUACACAACUACUUCAGUGACGAACUGGAACUCAAGUUGACUGGUUGUCAUUACGAUCUUAAACCAGGCAAUAUCCUGGUUAAAGGCACUCGCCUACUUUUGUCAGAUUUCGGUCUCUCUAGGAUGAAACCGGAAAUACAAGGAUCAGCAUCGUCAUUCAAAGGAGGCCUAGGGGACUAUCUUGCACCAGAGUGUCAGGAUCUUUCUUCGUCACUAGAGAAGACCGCCAUCCGUCGCUCCAGUGACAUCUGGUCUUUUGGCUGUAUUCUAGCUGAAACACUGACGUGGCUUGAAGGAGGUCCUGUUAAUGUGGCUGAGUUUCGACAAAAGAGAAAAGUUACGUUUAUGGGUUUUCUCUCUGUCAACACAUUCCACGCAGACCUAGAACCAAGUAAAGUUGUCUUGGACUGGCUCGGGUCUAUCGAAAGUUCAACUUCAUUCUUGCACCGGCGACAACUCAUCGGACUUAUCCGUGAAAUGCUUGAAUUUGAGGCAGAUAAACGACCCACUUCGAGUGUUGUAGUUAUCAGGUCCUUCAAGUUUGCAUUGAGAGCGGCAUAUGUUCAAAUUUAUGAGGGUCUCGAGAAUCUAAUCACGUCUCCCGAUUUCCACUUACUGGUGGAACGAGAGCGCUUUCGAGCUUGGGCUUCAGUUUCAGGGUUGACCGAUGUUAACCAGGAGCAACUAGUAACAGAAACUACCAGCCGGUUGCGACACCAGACAAUAUGCGAGUCUUUGCGUUGUUUGAAAAAUACUAUAUCAGCACGACUAUGCCAGAUUUCGGACCCAGACCCUACCAUGAUCUCUUUCACUCAUGUUCACGCCAUCAGAAACCAUAUCGAUAGUCUUUGGGCAGCAGAGUCCCAGGCUGCUGUAGCGCGGAUGGUGGAGAUAACGGAACAAUACGCGUUGGCUCACUCCCCAUUAAGUUUAGAGACUAUUGUCAAAAACUCGGACAUUCCAACAUCACCGCUCUACAAAAGAAUCCAUCUCAUGAUUGCGAUGCGGCAAGUGUCCGUAGCUCUUGAAUCCCCAGUCGCUGUGGGAAAUAGUAUGCGUAUUCACCGAUCGAUGGUGGCUGUCACAGGAACGUUCUCUGACAAACGACUGGGUUUUCUCCGAAGAUCCGGACAUGAUCAGUGUCCUAUUAUUAUUGAGUUUCUUAACUACUCAUCGAGUUGGAUAGAUCGUCCGGACGAGCUUCUAGAGAGAGUCAGCAGUCUUGCUGGAACUCUAUCCAAGUUGAAAGACCUGGGAAGUCUCCCUAUCUUGAAGUGUGAAGGAUUUUACCACCACCCAGAGGAACAGGCAAUUGGUCUGAUUUUCAAAGUCCCCAACCACAAGAUUCCGACAGACGCCGAUCCACAACAAAUUACACUGACUGAAAUGAUCAAAUUGGCAAACACGAAAGAAACGCGACCUUCGUUGGACAAGAUCUUUUGGGCGGCUUCGACACUCGCCAACGCAGUACUGAGUUUCCAUCAGGCAGGAUGGUAUCAUAAGAACAUUUCCUCAUCGAACAUUCUUUUUCCCCUCGAUACCCUUGAGAACCCAGCCCAAUCACUGCAUAGUCCCUUUAUAACCGGCUUUAACCACAGCCGUGAAGACCAGGAAGGCGCAUUCACAGUUGGCCCUAGUAAUGGCCUUGAAAGCGAAGAUUAUAAGCAUCCAAGCUAUGGUUCAAACACCAGAUUUCAAAGGUGUUUUGACUAUUAUAGUCUCGGUCUUGUUCUUCUGGAAAUGGGAAGAUGGAGGAACUUGAAACGUAUGAUCCGUGGUCACGAGACGCUAUCGCCGAUGCAGGUGCGCGAUAUGCUUCUCGAGAAGGAAGUGCCUCAAUUGCGCUACCAGACUGGCCAACUGUAUCACAAUGCUGUACGAAGCUGUCUGGACGGAUCUCUUGAUGAGUGUGCCCGGGAUGUAAAGAUCCUAGAUGAUUUCAAAGCAAAGGUCGCCAUGCCUUUAAAAGAGCAUGAGGCUAUUUGUGUGUCAAGAUAG